CCAUUCCACACCACUUCCGUGUUCUGGAUAUUUGUUUUGCUGAUGGUGGCUGUCAAAAAAUCGCAGGAUUAAAAGACACUAACAUUUUGUCAGCGUAACGUUGGAAUAUGUGCCGAUUCUUUUUACUUUAGUGAGAACAAAUACGUCACUAGAAAGUAUUUAAUGAUAAUAUAGCUUUUGUCGGCAGUAUUUUUGUAAUUUAACCAACAUAUGACAGCUAGCUAACGACAGCUAACUAGCAGGCUAACAAAGCAGUGUUUUAUGGUGAAAUACUGUUGGCUUGCGUGCCUAACAAAGUACUGUAGAAACUGUGGGCAAAAUUCACAUUCAGUGUUUUGGGAGCAAUAUGUUGUCCUUUUACUUGUAACUUAAGGCUACAUUAUAGGCUAGUAACUGUGGCUGCCUAAACGGACUUUUGUGUCACAUUUGUACGUUAGCGUUAUCCCGUUAACAAGCUAGCUACACUGAAGGUAACACCACCAGCUCUGUCUGAAAGUCGUUGUCGUUUAUUGUCAUAUAUCACAGACAAAAACAAGCCAUUAGGAGAUUGAGAUCGGUGCAGGUUUUUUAAUGUUUGGGACUGUCAUCUCCUUACGAAAGCCAUGCCAUGAUGGUGCUACGGCGACUACUGAGAAAGCGCUGGGUGCUUGGAGUAGUUUUUGGAUUAUCUCUCAUCUACUUUCUCACCAGCACACUCAAACAGGAGGAGAGGACCAUACGGGACCGCACACUCCUAGAGGUUAGAGAUCCAGACCAUCGCAUCCCCUGGAAAGUCCGUUUUAACUUGGGCAACAGCAGCCGACAGAUCACUCAGUGCCGUAACUCGAUUCAGGGCAAAACGUUGCUCACAGAUGAACUUGGUUAUGUCUGUGAGAGAAAAGACUUGCUGGUUAAUGGCUGCUGUAAUAUCAACGCUCCCAGCACCAGACAGUACAUUUGUAAAAGCUGCCUGGCCAACGGCUGCUGCAGCAUCUAUGAGUAUUGCGUGUCUUGCUGCCUCCAGCCUGAUAAGCAACCUCUGCUUGAGCGUUUCCUGAAUCGUGCAGCUGAAGGUUUCCAGAAUCUCUUCACUGCUGUGGAGGACCAUUUUGAAUUGUGCCUGGCCAAGUGUAGGACCUCUUCACAAAGUGUCCAACAUGAGAACACAUACCGAAACCCUCAAGCAAAGUACUGCUAUGGAGAGAGUCCACCGGAGCUCCUUCCUGUAUGAGUGUUUGACUCUCCUCUCGGUUUUAUGAAGUACACAAAUGGCAGCGGGAACUUAAAAAUAUGGCUGCCGUUUGGGCCCCUGAAGGUGCUUGGACAAGAGACUGAACUGCUGUCUCGGGACAAUUUUUCUGCAUGAUAACAACUAAGAGACAGAGACAUUCAAGACACCAAACGCAACCUCAAAUUUGGACUGACGUAUGUGAUUUUGAUUAUUUUACACUUCAUAAGUGCAUUAGAAAGCUCCAUACAUUCAUCCAUGAUGAUCAUCAGGUCUACAUCGCAGGCAGCUCGGGAUUGGUUUCAGUUCAUGUCAUAAAAUAAACUUCGGUUUAAACCUGCUUCAAGAAGAAAACAACUGUUUUAUGUUUUGUUGUCAAACAGCAAAGAAUGUGUCAUUCUGUGUAUAGUGCAUGCGUAUAAAACAGCUAUUUAAUAAAAGUGACUGUGACAAUA